AUGGCAACUGACACCCCCUCCGAGGACCUCCAGAAGGAGCAGCCACCCGUUGGGGCUCCAGUGAUUUCUCUACCGCCAUCAACGACAAUCAAGCCCCCAGAGCAACCAGAGGCAGCUACUAUAGAAGCCCCAUUUAGCAUCUUCGACCGACGGCAAAAAUGGCUCAUUGUGACCAUAGUCUCGACCGCAGCAACAUUCUCCGGUUUCGCAUCGAACAUCUACUUUCCAGCACUUCCCACUAUCGCAUCCGAUUUAAGCGUAUCUCUGGAACUCGUCGAUUUAACCGUGACCUCGUACCUCAUUUUCCAAGGUCUUGCUCCUAGCCUUUGGGGACCCGUUUCUGAUGUAAAGGGUCGCCGAAUUGCAUACCUUCUCACGUUCUUGGUAUUUAUGGGCGCAUGUAUCGGCCUGGCAGAGACCAAAAAUUAUGCCACCCUCAUCGUUCUCCGGUGUCUUCAAAGUACCGGUAGCGCAAGCACGAUUGCCAUCGGAUCGGGGGUGAUUGGGGAUAUUACCACGCGUGCCGAGCGUGGUGGGUUCAUGGGUAUCUUUCAAGCUGGCCUGCUUGUCCCAGUGGCCAUUGGUCCCGUUAUUGGAGGUGCCGUUGCUGGUACUCUGGGCUGGCGGGCUAUCUUUUGGGUAUUAACUGCCUAUAGCGGGGCUUUUCUCAUUGCGAUGCUUGUCCUGUUACCGGAGACCCUGCGAUCGUUGGUCGCGAAUGGAAGUCGAGUACCUUCAGCAUCGAAUUUAAUGGCUAAAUACCCAUUGACGGUGUAUCAAAAGUUCACCAUGGUUGAAUGGGACCCGAAAGAUACGCCGCCACAAGCUUCCAGAAAACACAUUGACCUGACGGGGCCUUUCCGCAUUCUUGUGAGCAAGCACGCUGCUCCGAUUAUCAUGUUCCUUGCCAUAUAUUAUGCAGUAUGGCAGAUGAGUAUCACUGCAAUGUCUUCUCUAUUCAAGCAAAACUAUGGACUCAGUGAGAUUCAAAUCGGCCUGACGUUCAUCGCCAAUGGUGUUGGGUCCAUGAUGGGAACAUUGAUUACGGGCAAAAUUCUUGACAUCGACUACCGCAAAGUCAGGGCAAAAUUCGAGGCACAAUCUGAUCCCGAGAGUACUGGCAGAGUUAUGGAAGAGAAGGAUUUCCCGCUGGAAAAAGCCCGCCUCCGGCUAGUCCCUAUUUUCGCAUGCCUUCAGUGCUUGUCAUUGAUCCUCUUUGGUUGGACUAUUCAAUACACAGUCCACAUUGCGGUCCCUAUCAUCUCGACUUUUAUCACUGGCUGGACUGUUGUGUCUAUGCAGUCCGUCAUUAUGACCUAUCUCAUAGAUAUCUUCCAUGAAAGAAGUGCGGCUGCCAGUGCUAGCAUCAACUUAGCUCGGUGCUUAUUUGCUGCCGGUGGUACCAGUUUUGUCAUGCCUUUGAUCAAUGCUGUUGGAGCUGGCGCUACUUUCACGAUCUGUGCGGCUGUGCAGUUUGUGUCAUUGGUCGGGCCUCUCAUUCAAUGGAGAUUUGCUGGUUCAUGGAGGAGAGCCGCCGAGGAAAAGAACGAGCAAAGCCAGGCUCAAUUGCAGGCGUGA